UUAUACCAAAAUAUUUGGUAUAAAAUAAGCAUUCUCUUGAAAAGUUUGAAUAUGAAACUGAAUAAUAAAAAAAGGGAUUUUUUAGAAAAAUAUUUUUAAAUUCGAUAAGGUUGUUUGUUUGCUAUGUUUGCGAGUAUAUUAUAAUAAACAGGGUUAAAUAUAUUUCUAGAUAAAAAUGUCCAGUUUUUGGCCUAGUGCCCCUGAUGUAGGCCCUGGUGCACGUGCUACAACAAUAUUGACAAAUCUUCAAAGAGGAAAUGUACCAACACAAAACAUAAGUAGUGUACGGUCUGUUGAUGUUUACCAGCGGGCUGGUCAAGGAGACCUGGAUAAUAAUGAUAUAGAUUGCUGGCUCAGAGAGACAGGAGGGGAUAUCAAUCUACCGGAUGUGCAUGGGUUUACCAUGUUGAUGUGGGCAGCAGCUUACGGUCAAACUCCAACAGUUCAACUUCUACUUAAUCGUGGAGCUAGCAUAAACUGUAGAGGUUUGGAAGAAGAAACAGCCCUGCAUCUAGCUGCUAGCUGUGGUUGUAUUGAACUUAUCACACUUAUACUUAAACAUGGAGCAUUUGUUGAUACAGAGGAUGAGAAUGGAUGUACACCCUUAAUGUUUGCAGCGAUGAAGAACCAUCCUCAUGUUGUUAAUGAGCUUUUGGCACAUAAUGCAGAUAUUACAAGGCGGAAUAUAAAUGAUGAUACGGCGUACAGUUUAGCAGUACGGAAUGGUGCUAGAUUGGCACAAACUGUUAUUGAGCACAGCAUAAUUUCAGUCAUGGAGAAGAGUCAGUUUUAACGCAUAAAGUUUUGCAGUACAUUUAAAGCAGAAGAAGAAUGUCUCUUCUUGUUGGAAAAAUAGUGAAGAAUGGAGAGGAAUUGUAUUCUUUAGCAGAAUCUGUUGAACCAAACCAAAUUCACCUUCAAGCCUUAG